AUGGCACUAUCAUAUAGUUUUAGUGGUGCGCUGGCGCCUAACGUGCUGGCGCCAUGCGCACUGGCGCCAUGCGCGCUGGCGCCUAACGCGCUGGCGCCAUGCGCGCUGGCUCCUAACGCGCUGGCGCCGUACGCGCUGGCGCCAUGCGCGCUGGCGCCAUGGGCGCUGGCGCCUAACGCUCUGGCGCCAUGCGCGCUGGCGCCUAACGCGCUGGCGCCAUGCGCGCUGGCGCCUAACGCGCUGGCGCCAUGUGCACUGGCGCCAUACGCGCUGGCGCCUAACGCGCUGGCGCCAUGCGCGCUGGCGCCAUGCGCGCUGGCGCCAUGCGCGCUGGCGCCAUGCGCGCUGGCGCCAUGUGCGCUGGCGCCAUACGCGCUGGCGCCUAACGCACUGGCGCCUAACGCGCUGGCGCCAUGCGCGCUGGCGCCAUGUGUGGACUUGGUGCCAAAACUUCUCCACUACCACUUCUGCUCUCUUUCCUUUCUGCUGCAGAUGAUGCCUUCUGUGCAUGCUGAUGUGGUAUAUUUUAUUCGUGAUGCCUUGGAUUCGAGUUUUUAG